AUGCUGAGACAACUGUCCAUAAACAUACCAUUGGUGGAAACCCUUAAGCAGAUGCCAGAAUAUGCCAAGUUCAUAAAAGACUUGGUUACUAAGAAAAGAGUAGUGCGUAUUGAUUUGACUAACCAUGUUCAUCAUUGCAGGGCUAUUACUACCAGCUCUUUAGUGCAAAAGAUGAAGUAUCCAAGUGCAUUCACCAUACCAUGCACUAUCAGAUCAAUCAAAUUUUCAAAGGCCUUAUGUGAUCUAGGGGCCAAUAUAAACUUGAUGCCGCUAUCCAUCUACAAGCAACUGGGUUUAGGAGUUCCAAAAACCACAACCAUGAGGUUGAUGAUGGCAGAUAGGUCAGUGAAGCGACCUGUGGGAAUCCAAUGUGAUGUGCUUUUAAAGGUGGACACAUUCAUCAUUCUGGCAGACUUCGUGAUCUUGGAUUGA